UUUUCAUCAGGACUAGGCUCCAAGGAGCCUACAGACCAUCAUCCUGAGUGGCUGCAGCUGUUCAGGGUCCUCCCCAAACCAGCCCACCUGCCUGGGAGCUGCAAAAGGGAGGGUUUCAGGCCAGGCUGCCAGGGACCCCAGAGGCAGAAGCAGAAGCAGCUCAGCAUUCUGCCUGGACAAUGGAUGGAUGGAGAGAGGAAGUUGAAGAGAAAAGAAACCUCAGUGAAGAUCUACGGAUUGUUCUUGUUGGGAAGACGGGAGGAGGGAGAAGUGCCACAGGAAACACCAUUUUGGGUGAAAAGAAGUUUGAGUCCAAAUCUUCACUGAAGCCGGUGACCCAGACUUGGAGGAGAGAAGUCCGGGCAGAGAAAUGGGAAGGAAAGCAAGUUGUUGUCAUUGACACUCCGAACAUUUUUGACACCAGCCUUCCAGAUGAGCAGAAUAACGCAGAGAUCCAGAAGUGCCUCUCUCUCUGUGAACCAGGUCCCCACGCUCUGGUGUUUGUGACACAGGCCGGCCGUUUCACCGAGGAAGAUGCUGUGGCCGCCAAGAGGGUGGAGGAGGUCUUUGGCCCAGAGGCCACAAAGUACAUGAUCGUCUUGUUCACCCGCAAAGAAGACCUAGAGACAGAAAACCUAGAGGAGUACAUAGGGUGCUCUGGAAACAGAGUCCUGCAGGAAUUGGUGAGAAAAUGCCAGGGCCGUUGCUGUGCUUUCAACAACAGAGCACCAAGAGAGGAGCAGGAGCUGCAAGUGGAGGAUCUGCUGAAGAAAAUUAAGCAGAUGAUGAUGGACAACCAGAACAAGACUUUCCUUGAGCAGUUUCCAAGAGGAUCUACAAGAAGCGCAGCUAAAAUGAAACCAGAGGAAGAGGCAAUGGACACAGACGAAAGAGGACCAAGUGAAUUCCCUGAAGGAAUUGUUUCAGAAAGUCUGGAUCCCAAAGCUUCUGGUGCCACCAAGGGAAGAGACUCCACAACUGUGUCCUCAUCACUGGGAAUGCCUGGCCACACCACGUCCCUGGGGCACCCUGAGCCUCCCCAACCAACAGGACAGCAGGAAAGGCAACCCCUGCCAAUCCCAGGAGGAUCUGGGGCGACCAAUGGAGAGGGAAGUGUUCCAAGGAACCCCUUGGUCCCAGAGCCUGGGAAUGUGAAUCGAUCCCACAAGGAUUCAGAAGUGCGGGUCGUCCUUGUUGGGAAGUCUGGCGGAGGGAGAAGUGCCACAGGAAACACCCUUCUGGGGAAGAAGACCUUUGAGUCCGGACUCUCUCCGAAGCCAGUGACCCAGACUUGCAGCAGAGAGGUCCGAGCAGAGAAGUGGAAGGGGAAACAAGUUGUCGUCAUUGACACUCCGGCCAUUUUUGAUGCCUGCUGUCCAGAGCAGGUGGAGGAGGUCUUUGGCCCAGAGGCCACAAAGUACAUGGUCGUCUUGUUCAUCUGCAAAGAAGAGCUAGAGACAGGAAGCCUAGAGGAGUACGUAGGGCAGUCUGGAAACAGAGACCUGCAGGAUUUGGUGGGAAAGUGCCAGGGCGGUUCCUGCGCUUUCAACAACAGAGGGACAGGAGAGGAAAGGGCCAGCCAGGCAGAAGAGCUGCUGUGUCUCAUUGAGAAGGUGGUUCAGGAGAACUGGGACCAGCCAUAUCUCAAGCUGCCUCUGAUGGAGAUGUCACUGAGGUCAGAUGGAAGGAAUCCUGGGGAGACUUCAAAGCAAAUAGCAGCAGGGGAACCAGUGGAAGAUGAAAGGAAUGCUGGAGAAAUCCCCAAAGGGCAGAAGAAGAAGAAAUCAAAAGAUCGGGUGGUGGAGGACGGCACCCCGCAUCACGAUUGUACCCAAAUAGUCCGGCAGGCAGAGAAACCCCGUGAGGACUUGGACCAUCUACCCCUGCAAAACCCAGACCUCAUCCUAUAUACCGAUGGGAGCUCAAAGAUCGUAGAAGGGGAACGGAAGACGGGGUACUCUGUGGUGUCUGAUUUCGAAGUGGUGGAGGCAGAGCCAGGGUACAAGUAUGCCCUCAUCGUAGUAGAUCAAUUUUCCUCUUGGGUAGAAGGGUAUCCGGCUAGAAGAGCCACCGCUACAGUCGUGGCAAGGGCCCUUUUGCAGGAGAUCAUCCUGAGGUUUGGGGUCCCACGCAGGCUGGACAGCGACAGGGGGACCCACUUCACUGCAGAAGUAGUCCAACAGAUUGCCAAGGCUUUGGGAAUCAAGUGGGAGCUACAUACUCCUUACCAUCCAGCGUCAUCAGGACAGGUGGAGCGCAUGAACCAGGAGAAUCUCUCAGCGUUGAAGGUGGAUAGAUGCGGAGCUGAUCACCCCACGAUCACGCCUCCUUUUGUUCCAAAACGCCCUUCGGGAGGGCGGGGAGAGCAAAGGGUUCCUGGAAGCUCAGCUGAGCGCGCUGCGCCGUGGCGCAAAUCUCCUUCCUUCUCCUCGGUUCGCGGAUUCCUUGGCCAGAGAUACCCUGAAUCAAGGCUCAUGACUUGUGCUUGUUGUAGGAAUAUGGCUGAAAACAUCACAGGGAAUGAACUCAGGAUUGUGCUUGUUGGGAAAACUGGAGCUGGGAAAAGUGAAGCAGGAAAUGCAAUCUUGGGGAGUAAAAAAUUUAAAUCUCACCCAUCAUCUGUUUCAAUAACACAGAUGUCUCAAAAGGGAGAGACUGUACGUAAUGGCAGAAAAAUAGUGGUUGUUGAUACACCUGGGCUAUAUGGCACUGAGGAUCAGCCAGCUGCCACUACCUGUGUCAAAGAAGUUAGAAAUUGUGUGAAAUGGUGCUACCCGGGUCCACAUGCCAUUAUACAAGUAGUUCGGCUGGGCUAUUUCAGCCAAGAAGAGAAGAAUGUUGCUAAAUUAAUUCAAGAUAAUUUCGGCCUUAGAGCAAUGGAUUAUAUGAUCAUCUUGUUCUCUAGAAAAGAGGAACUGGGGAAUACGUUUCUCAAGGAUUUUGUCGAAGAGGGAGACGAAGAUCUUAAAGGCUUGAUCGCUCAGUGUGGGGGGCGCUGCGUGGCUUUCAACAGCCGGGCCGAAGGGCAGGAAAGAGAGGAUCAGGUGGAGGAGCUGCUGCAGAUGGUUGACAAGCUGGUGGAAAAAAAUGUGGAAAGCCAAUAUUACUCGGAAGAGAUGUUGGAGAAGGACAAAGAAGAACUGGAGAUGAUCAGAGAAUUGGAGAGGCUCAGAGAAGAAUCUGAGAAGGACAAAGCAGAAAUAGCGAGCCUCAAUAAAGAGUUAUUCCAACACAGAAGUUACUGUAAACGAAAUGGAAUGUGGUAGAGUCUAAUUUGGUUACAGACUUAUGUUCCACUAUUUUGUCGAUUUAGUUCUCCCAUGAAAAAUGCUCUCAUUGGCUUCCUGGCUCACAUUAAUCUGGUUUAGAAGAUUUGAUGCUUAUGCGCGAGCGGCGAAACCCGAAAGUAACCCGUUCCGGUACUUCCAGGUUGCCGCAGGGCGCAAGAUGAAAACACGCAGCCUGAAGCAGACAUAUCAUGAGAUAUAACUAUGUAAUGUAAUCUCAUUGGAACAUAGGGCUGCUUGUCAGUAUCACAAUAAAGCAUUGUCUUGGUUGUCCUCUCAUUUUCCUGGCAGUGAAUGACACCAUUAACCAUGAAACUCAUGGGAUAAUCUUGGGACAGCCAUGAUCUCUCAGCUUGGCCUAACUCGCAGGGUUGUUGUGGAGGGGAACCCUGCAUCCUGCCUUGAGCUCCUUCAAGGGAAGGUGCGACAGGAGUGGAGCAAAUAAACAAAUAAAGCCAAGCAGCUUGAUCCCAGACCCAGAGAGACUCUCUGCAAACAUUUCCUGCUCUGACCCUUCCCUGUGGCUCCCCCUUUUUAGUUAUC